AACCCAGAGACCCUUAUCCCUGUAAGUGGGGACGGCACCCACCCCUCCCUUUCCCCCCAGACAGAGGUGGUGGGGGGCUCAGUGCCCUGGGAGGUGGGCAAGGAUGAGUGAGAAGCUGCUGCCUGAGUGUCUGACGGACCCACAGAAGCAUGUGGGGCCCCGGUUGCAAAGUCCCCAACGUAACCAGCUGGUAAUUGCAUGUUGAAGGAAUACUAGCUGAUUAUUAGAAACACAUGCUGCCCUCGGGCCCUGCUUAAUAGUGGCUGGGAGCAGCCACCACCUCCUGGCACCUCCUUGAGCCCAGGACGCUGGACGCUGGCCCUCUGGGCCUGGAGUGGCCAUAGCAUGGGCCUGGGAGGGGUGGCUGGGUGCCCGUGGCUACCUCCUCGGGUCUGGAGGCCUAGUGGGUAAGGGGACUGUGCAUGAGAGCCCAGCACCCUGUGGUCAGCCAUCCACUGCACAGGGGCUGCAGAGACCCCUAGGCUCGGAGCCAUGGCCCCAGGCCAGGAGAUGGCCCCUGUCCUUUCUCACACCUGCAGUGUCAUUCCCAGCCGGUCAGUCACUCAGUCCCCUCCAGUCCUGGUCACCUCACUGCUUGCACGUGACUCAGAGGCCCUGAGGCAGGACUGGGCUGGUGGGAGUGGGAGGGGGUUUGUUCCUGCUGGUAAGGGGCCCAUGGCCUCGGCCUCAGCCUGGACCGCGGGCUUCUCCCAUGGUUUGCAGUGGGCCCAGACUGCCAACCAGACAGGAACCCUUCACUUGGGGCCCAUGCACCCAGCCACUCGCCCUGUGGCCCCAGGGCCUUGGGUUAAGCUACGUGUUGGGUGUGGCUGGUAGCAGGGAGGCCCUUGUCCAGGCAGAUGGGGUCCACACACACAUAGACAUGGGCCUCCAGACGCAGGGAUGCCAAGCAGGUGCCAUACAACUCUUUCACACACAGACACUUGGGCUUGUCUGUGGGGGCUAGUCAGGAGCUACCCUGCUCUCCUGUGGGCUUGUGUCCCCGUGAGCUACUCCAGCCAGAUGGUAUUUCUGCAAUGGCGUGUAGUUGGUGCUCAGCGGAUGUGGGCCUGGCACACAGUGGGCCUGGGUAAAUGCCAGCCUUGCUCUGUGAGGAGGGCCCUGAGCCUCAGCCCCCAUUGCUUGUGCUGGGCAGGGGACUCAGGGUGGAGUCCUGGGUGGGGACCCUCCGGGACACCCCUCCCCGAGCUCCCAGCUCUCGUACCACCACCUCCCUGACCGGGGCCUCUGACCCCGCCUGCAGGCCCCCCGAGGAUGGCAGACAAGGUGGUCCCACGGCAGGUGGCCCGGCUGGGCCGCACCGUCAGGCUACAGUGCCCCGUGGAGGGGGACCCACCGCCGCUGACCAUGUGGACCAAGGACGGCCGCACGAUCCACGGUGGCUGGAGCCGGUUCCGCGUGCUGCACCAGGGGCUGCGGGUGAAGGAGGUGGAGCGGGAGGACGCGGGUGCCUACGUGUGCAAGGCCACCAACGGCUUCGGCAGCCUCAGCGUCAACUACACCCUCAUCGUGAUGGAGGACACCAGCCCAGUCAGGGAGAGCCCAGGGCACGAGGGCUCCUCCGGGGGCCAGGAGGACCCAGCCAGCAAGCAGUGGGCCCGGCCCCGCUUCACACAGCCCUCUAAGAUGAGGCGCCGGGUGAUCGCUCGGCCUGUGGGCAGCUCUGUGCGUCUCAAGUGUGUGGCCAGCGGGCACCCGCGGCCGGACAUCAUGUGGAUGAAGGAUGACCAGGCCCUGACGCGCCCAGAGGCUGGCGAGCACAGGAAGAAGUGGACGCUGAGCCUGAAGAACCUGCGGCCCGAGGACAGCGGCAAGUACACGUGCCGAGUGUCGAACCGCGCGGGCGCCAUCAACGCCACCUACAAGGUGGACGUGAUCCAGCGGACACGCUCCAAGCCGGUCCUCACGGGCACGCAUCCUGUGAACACCACGGUGGACUUCGGGGGCACCACAUCCUUCCAGUGCAAAGUGCGCAGUGACGUGAAGCCCGUGAUCCAGUGGCUGAAGCGCGUGGAGUAUGGUGCCGAGGGCCGCUACAACUCCACCAUCGACGUGGGCGGCCAGAAGUUUGUGGUGCUGCCCACGGGCGACGUGUGGUCGCGGCCCGACGGCUCCUACCUCAACAAGCUGCUCAUCACACGCGCCCGUCAGGAUGACGCCGGCAUGUACAUCUGCCUGGGCGCCAACACCAUGGGCUACAGCUUCCGCAGCGCCUUCCUCACCGUGCUGCCAGAUCCAAAGCCGCCCGGGCCACCCGUGGCCCCCUCCUCCUCGGCCACGAGCCUGCCGUGGCCCGUGGUCAUCGGCAUCCCAGCCGGCGCUGUCUUCAUCCUGGGCACCGUGCUCCUGUGGCUCUGCCAGGCCAAGAAAAAGCCGUGUGCCCCCGUGCCCACCCCACCUGUGCCUGCGCACCGCACACCUGGGACCACCCGAGACCGCGGCGGGGACAAGGACCUGCCUGUGUCCCCAGCGCUCGGCACCACCGCGGGCGUGGGGCUGUGUGAGGAGCUUGGGGCUCCAGCGGCCCCCCAGCACCUGCUGGGCCCGGGCUCAGCUGCUGGCCCCAAGCUUUACCCCAAACUCUACACGGACGUGCACACGCAUACACAUACACACACGCACUCACACACGCACUCACAUGUGGAAGGCAAAGUCCACCAGCACCAGCACAUCCACUACCAGUGCUAGGUGGUGCUGCUCUUGGGGCCCCCAGGUGCCAGGGGUGGGCACCUGGAGGCCAGGCCAGGUGGGCAGGCUGGGAGCAGAGGGCUGCGGAGGGAGGUGCACACAGGUUCGGGGCUCAGCCAGAAGUCUGGGUUUCCCGUGAGAGACACACGCUCCUGGACGCAUGCACACACACACACACACACACCCCGUUACACACACUGACAUGCAGUCACACCACACUCGGGCCUGCGUUUGUAACUUUGCAGUGCGCCUGUAGCUUGGGGCCACUCAAUGAGGGAAGCCCUUGGCCUGUGAGGAGGAUUUCACAGGGGCUGCAGUCACCACCCCGGCUGGCAGGAGAUCUGAGAGGCACCCUGGCUUAGCAAACCAAAAACUCCCUACCCCUGCCCUACGCCUGCCCGCCUGUCUCCCUGCCUCGGCAGGUGGGUGGCUAUUUUUGCCACCACCUGUCCUGGGUGUCCAGGAGCCCACCAGUAGUACCCUGGGCCAGGGCGUGGGGCAUAGCAGUCCCAGGCCCUGUCCUGAGAGGCGGGAGCCCAGCUGGGAGUGACUCUGGUCACACCCAGCCUCCCACUGCCAGAGAGAAGGGGGCCUGAAUAUUUAUAUUUAAGAAAUUAAGAUAAUAAUAUUAAUGAUGAAAGGAGGGCUGGGCCACAGAGACCUGGCCUCUCCUGGGGCCCAGGACCCACCUGGCCUCGUGGCCAUGCUGGACGUCCACCUUGGGGCCAGGCACCCAUGGCCCCACUGCCCAAGGUGGCCUCAGACCUCUGUAAUUUUAUAUAGAGUUUGAGCUGAAGCUUCGUAUAUUUAAUUUAUUUUGUUAAACAAGAAAAUGUGCAUCCUUUUUGUCUAAA